AUGGCCUGCACUCUCCCGACUGAAAAGGUCUUCCCCAUUCAAAUUGGCUCCGAACUAUUUCGUCUCUCGGGUGCCUCCAUUGCCUCUGAUGCUCCAUCCUAUUUCUCGCGCUUCUUCGAGGACCAAUUAAACCAAAACCACGAUGUUGCCAACAUCAGAACUCUCUAUAUCGACCGCGAUCCAACUACAUUCCGUGAGAUCGCUAGACAUCUCCAGGGCUACCACAUCCGGCCACAGGAUGGCGCGCAAUUCGUGAAGCUCUUCGCAGAUGCGCAAUUCUAUACAUUACCCCGAUUGAUGUCGCAGCUCUUCGAGGCCGAGUGCUUUAUCCAAAUCGGCGACCGCCACUUCCAGAUCCCCCGCGAUAUUUUCUCCAGCCCCGGCGACUCCCCCAAUUUCUUCACUCUCGGAUUCGCUGCCUUCUUCGCAUCCCCGUCCGAGGUCUUCCCUGGUCUGGACCGCCAGGGUCUUUUGCGUCCUCCAGCCAUCGUACCCCCAAGUGUACCGAACCGAUCUGCAGAUGUCUUCGAUGAACUACUACAUAUGCUGCGCGGAUAUCCGCUGCACAUUCGGAACGCAGAUCAUCGGGCGGCUCUCCUGCGCGAUUGUCGUUACUUCCACUUGCGCGGCUUGGAGCAGCGGUUGAUCCCGCAUCAGAUUACGACCAAUCCCUUCAGUCAGCGAUCAGAGAUUGUCAUCCGACUCGAGGACGUGCGACCGUCAGGGAUUCAGUUCGUCUAUAAUACUUCUGAAACGGGUGGAAACGUCACGUAUGCACGCCCCUUUGUGGACGAGAAGGCGGCCGAUCUGGUGGUGGAAAUCGGCGACGAGUCUAGCUUGGUCGAUGGAGGCAACAUGCGCGCCAACUUCUUAGGUCUCGCGAAACAAAGAUUCGCUGGGCUAUUACAGGCCAUAGCCAAAAAGAUGAAACUGCCCGAUUCUCAUCCGCCAUUGGGACAAGGCCCCAUCAAGAUCCAUAUCGAUCGAGAAACUGACUUGACAGUGGAUGGCCAACAAGACUCUCAAUAUUUCGCCUUAUUGGGGCACAAGGUUGACAUUGGUGACGGCGCGCCUCCAGCCAAACGUCCGCGAUCGGAUAAUACCCUUGAUGCCUGGGUUGUUCGAACAGGACAAUGGCGACUAGAAGUACAAACCGGGCCUACCGGUGCGCAUGAGGCUGUCUUGGUUGCGGUUAAACUGGACGUCUACACCAGAGAGUCAGUCCGGAAUCAGUCGCGGACGUUCCUUUAG